UUAUCGCCUAUACUUACACUAAGGGGGACCACAAAAAAGGACUAGAAUAGAUGAAGCAAUACGACAUGGCACCAUAAAAAUAUGAACUUCACCAUUGGUCUAGCAAGGAUACAAUGACGAGGAUUUAAAAUGUGUCUACUGUGUAUGUAUUAUAUUGUUUUUAAGUGGCAUAGAGGCUGUCACUCCUCCUCAGCAUGCUUUUCUGUGGGAGGAGGCUGAGAGCAAAGGCUGGAAGAGGAGGAGGAGAGGGAGUGGUGAGGGUGACUUGGAAGAACUGUAACUUGACUCUUAAUUUUAGUUUUCCGCCCCUUCUGUUUACAAGCCAAACCCACUGGGGGUUAAAGGUUACAUUCUUCAAACCACAGUGCUUCUGCAGUUGGUCGAUUUUUUUGUCAGGUCUAGCCGAUUCCUCUCUUCCUGUACGCUGGCUCUGUUUGCCAGGCUUUUGUUUCGCUUCAGUGUUGUAAGGUAUGCCCGUAUUAUUACGCUAACACAGUAACGUACAGUACAUUUGUGGCUCGACAGGAAACUGUGAAACAUGAUCUCAUGCAGAGGCAUCAUCCAGAUCUUGGUUUAAUGAGUUCUUGGCUUCUACACAGGCUGAAAAGGAGAAAUUCUGCACGCUUCUUUGUUUCCUACAGCCAACCUUCCCUCAGUCCUUGCAGCAGCUGAGUGAUUCCAAAGAGAUGGCGUCAGCUCCUCCUUCCAGAGCUGCUACCUCUCCUGCCAGUUCAUCUCGCCCUGGUCAUGGUUUGCGUUUGCCGCACCACAGGGGUGGGGUUUCAUCUAAAAACCGGGGUGACACCAGUAUGCUGGAGCGGGUUCUGGAGAAGCCCAGGCUGGUGGUAGUGGAGGAGCCCAAGGACAGAGGCAUGAGGUUUCGGUACGAAUGUGAAGGACGCUCCGCUGGCAGCAUCCUGGGAGUGUCCAGCACUGAGACUAACAAGACUCAGCCUACAAUUGAGAUCCAGGGUCCCGUUGAAGGCUUAAAGAGGGUCAAAGUCACUGUUUCCUUGGUGACCAAAGAUCUUCCCCACCGGCCUCACCCCCAUUGCCUUGUGGGUAAAGACUGCCCGUUGGGUUCAGGAAUCUGUGUGGUCACAAUCAACCCUAACAGCAACCGACGUCAUAGCUUUGCCAACCUUGGCAUCCAGUGUGUGAGGAGGAAAGAGCUUGACCUUUCACUUCAGAAAAGAAGAAGCCAAAAUAUCGACCCCUUUCAAACCGGUCACACAAAGGGCAUAGAGGAUCUGGACAUGAACGCGGUGCGUCUGUGUUUCCAGUGUGAACUUGAGUGGGAGGACAGCAGAAAGGACAGUCUCAGCCCAGUGGUGUCCUCUACAAUUUAUGACAAGAAGGCUACAACUACGUCACAGCUGAAGAUCACCUGUUUGAACCAAUACAGAGGUUCCUGCAUCGGCAAGACUGAGAUCUACAUGUUGUGUGACAAAGUGCAGAAAGAUGACAUCGAGAUCAUAUUCCGACGGGGGUCGUGGAAGGCGAACGGUGAGUUCGCCCAGACAGACGUACAUCGACAGAUUGCCAUCGUGUUUAAGACUCCGCCCUACCAGGACCAGAACAUCGGAGAGGAGAUUGACGUCAGCGUCUCGCUGCGUCGCGUUUCGGACCAGAUGGAGAGCGAAUCGGUUACCUUCACAUACCUGCCUCACAACCCAGAUCCAUAUGAGGUGAGGCGGAAAAUUAGAAUCAAGUCAGACAUCGGUUUCAGGGAGAAGCCUUGUUUAACAGUUUCGCCUCACACAGCAGAGUGUGCACCUGCAGCAGAACAGCCCUUCCCGUUCCUGCAGCCUCUCAAUGUGAUGUCUUCUGACAAGAGGCUUUGUGUUGCCCAGCCUGCCAACUCUGCCGCUUUGGCGGACACUUGUUACAACAUGCCCCAGGACCCAAACAACCACACACACGACGAGAUGACCAUCAUUAACCAGUUGCUAGAAAUACCAUUAUUGGAUAUGCUUUUCGAGUCCACCAUUGACAUGCCCUGUGAAUUUGACGAGGAGUCCAACGGAAACUCAACAUUAACCAGCAUGGACACAAACUUUCACCAGAACUUUGGCUCCUGCGCUCAGGACUUUACCCAGUACAGCGACUUGCAGUUCAACAUGCUCGUCAAUGAGAACCAGAAUCUGAAGUCAGAGCAACAGGAAAACCUGUCUACUGUGGUUCAUGUGAAGGAAGAGGCGCUAUGAGGGUGUGAAAGUCAGGACUACACCGCAUUGUUAAAGUACUCUUCUUACUUUACAGGAAUAGCUUGACAGUUUGGGAAAAUGUGCUUAUUCUCCCUUCUGUCAAGAAUUAGAGUUCACAAUUAUCAACAGCUAGACGACAUCCACAAGACUCAGUUUUCAUUCAAAAAUGCAUCCAGAUACACCUGCCGUCCACAUUACCAAAGCAGUUUAAAUUGCAGUAAACCGAACAUUUUAAAAAUGCUGCUGUUGAGUUUGAAAACCUUUGUCAGGUCGGGCAGAAAAGAGAUCAUGUCAGUUACACGCAUUUGCUCACUGACUGGUUCUCAUCCGCCACAACUCCACUAUCUGGGAAUGAACAACUCUGAACUCUUACUUGAAUCUUAAGUCAUCCUUUAAAAAGGAGAGAACCAGCUUCCUGUUUACACUGGGACCAAUCUGUUUAUUUUCAGGUGUGUUAGUAUGAACGCAGAUUACUUCUUAAUUUUCAAAGGAAAACACAGGAGUUCGGAUGUAGCCCUAGUCUUCAGUAGUGCAUCUAAAGCUCUUUAUAAAAUAUGAACUCGCUGCAAGAAAGAGGACGUACACUUCUCAUGAUGCCAACCUAUUUCUUUAACCGCUUCUUUAUCAUGAGCUAGAAAAUAUGAUCAUGAUACUGCUUGAACUCUGUAAUGUGUUUGUAAAGUAAUUAGGUUUUCUCCUUGCUCUCCUUUGCCCUCUCCUCCCUCUGCCUUUAUUGUUGCCUGAAAGCCUCGCUGGUCAAGGCUUCAUUGAUUACAAACAGGCGAACUGUAUAUUUCUCUGCAAGUGCUGCUACCUUUCAUUUUGAUUCUUAAGGUCAGAAAAAGGUGAUUCUCCUUGACCCAACAUAGAACCCCUUCAGUAAAUGAGACCAAUUCCUGUCAUGUCAUGUUUGCAUGAGAGCUGUUUUGUUUACUGGAUACUAGAAGAACUCAGUAGUAGUAGUAAAAAAGUCUCAAAUACUUGUUUAAUAAUAUCCUUGUGCUUCAUCAGUCACUGUUUUCAGUGCUUUCUCUGUGUUGGUUUCUUUUGUUCUCCAGCUUCAAUUUUGUGCUAUUAUGAAUUUCUACUUGCACCAUGUCACUUGUCAAACGUCGCCCCCUUGCUGGGGCACUGAAGUGUAAAUAUGAAAAACAAGAAAAGAGUGAUUAAAAUCUUAACGUGUCA